AUGGACAGGGGAAAUUGUUCCUCAAUAAAUGAAUUCUUUCUCUUGGGAAUUACUGAUAACCCAGAGAUGAAAAUGAUCCUAUUUUGCAUAUUCCUAGUUGUUUAUCUCUUGAAUUUUCUAGCAAAUCUUGGAAUGAUCAUUUUGAUCCAACUGGAUUCCCAGCUGCACACCCCAAUGUACUUUUUCCUCAGCCACCUCUCUUUUGCUGAUCUCUGUUACUCCACUGCAGUUGGACCCAAGAUGCUGGUGGGCCUACUUGCUGAGAAGAACAUGUCUAUUUCAGUCGUUGGCUGUGCUCUGCAGUUUUUUGUGUUCUGUAUCUUUACAGACACUGAGUGUCUGCUGCUGGCGGUGAUGGCCUUUGAUAGGUACCAGGCCAUCAGCAACCCUUUGCUCUACACAGUCAACAUGUCCAGUAGGACUUGCUUCCAGCUGUUGGCUGGGGUUUACCUCGUAGGAAUGACAGAUGCAUUGACACACACCACACUGACAUUCCGCUUGUGUUUCUGUGGCUCUAAUGAGAUCAAUCACUUCUUCUGCGACGUCCCUCCUCUGCUGUUGCUAUCAUGCUCAGAUACUCAGGUCAAUGAGUUGGUGAUCUUCACUGUGUUUGGAUUCAUUGAACUGAGUACUAUCUCAGGAGUUCUUGUCUCUUACUGUUACAUCAUCUUAUCAGUCUUAAAGAUGCCCUCUGCUGAGGGGAGGCUCAAAGCUUUCUCCACCUGCACCUCCCACUUAACUGCAGUUGCCAUUUUCCAGGGAACUAUGCUCUUCAUGUACUUCAGACCAAGUUCUUCCUACUCUCUAGACCAAGACAAGAUGACCUCAGUGUUUUACACCCUAGUGAUCCCCAUGCUGAACCCUCUGAUUUACAGCCUUCGGAACAAGGAUGUGAAACAGGCUCUAAAGAAACUAAAGAAUAAAAUUUUGUCUUAA